AUGGCUGCAAAUUCCAUCAUGAUCACAAACACAAUCCCUUAUUAUAAUCUUCCAUCCGGAUUCUCCCAACCACGUCACAACUCAAAAUACACUCUUUACCAGGCUCCACAACCACCAUCAAACCAAGACUAUCCCGACCACCACCCGCUAUGGACACAACAGCAGGCCCAGUCAUUACCUCUAAAACAGAGUGAACAGUACCCUCUCUGCCAACAAAACGCCGCAUACCAAUUGCAACCAUCUUUUCCAAAUGAUACCCGCUUGGUACAUUCUUCUAUAUCAACCAAUGUCUCAAACACCAUGAAAAAUUCACCCUGCUCAAGCUACGUUGCACCAAACCCAACAGGUAGUUAUAGCUCAACGUCAACAACCCCUCUCAAUUCCGACAACUCAAUGUAUCCAACUAGGAAACAAAGCUUCGAGUUUGACUAUAGAAGUCCCAGUGUUGUCAACAACAGGAACAAUACUUCGAGCAUUGGUUCAUUCUCGCCAAGAGCCGGUAGACACUCAUAUUCCCCUCUUAAGAUUACUAAACGCUCGAAAAGGACAAAGUCUAGAAAGUCAAGACUUGUUGAACAAAGACAAUUGCCAAACAAUCAUUACAUUUCAGCCGACAAGAAUGUCGAUAUCUCCCAGUUCACCGACGAGGAUGUGAUUAUUCUCAAAAACAUGUUGCCUUUGGCAGAAAUUCACAAAUGGAAAUACAUUUCAAACAAACUCUCCAAGGCAAGAUCAAGAAAAUUCAAUGCAGAAUAUUGCAUCAAUAAAUUUCACGAAAUGUAUGGGAUUCCUUUCAAUCCGAAGAAUUCCUUAUUACAGUCUAACUACUUUAUGAAAUUGGACAACUCUCAACAGCAAAGGGAGAUCAACAUUGAAGGAAUGUUAGGCUCCUCUAUCCCCUACGUGGUCUGCAAAGAUGGCUGGAAUGCAAUCGAUCCAUAG